AUGGAAAGGCGCCAGCAACUGACUCCGCCCGGCGGCCUGGAGCCAACUGACCCUUCAAGAAGUGCCCAAUUUGCUGCUUCCGGGCAGUUUGCCCAGCCCCUUUCUGGAAGCACUUCUUUGGCUGAGGCCCCCAUUUCUAUGGAAAGCGGGGCUGAGCAGCAGGGGCAGCUGCAGCAGAUGCUAAGUCUGGACAUCAGCGGCGAGCUGCGGCAGCUGCAGCGCGAGGAGGGAGAAGUCGUUGUGCAGCAGCAGCUUGUUGAGGUCCAGUCGCAGCUGGAAGCACUUAGAUGCCAGCAGCAGCAACUACAGGACUCACUGUCUCCUCAAAUGAGAAAAAGUCUUUCCCCCAGUCACAGCCAGCUGCCCUACGAGCUGCAGCGCAUGCAUUUGGGCCCCCCGCUUCCGCUGCAGCGGCAAGUGGGUGACCAGCAGCAGCAGCAGCAGCUGCUGGAGCCAGCGCAGCACAAUGCAGAUGGUCCUCAACGGCCAGAGCGGUCGCCGUCUUCUCCGCAGCAGCAGCAGCAGCAGCAGCAGCGGCGGCAGCUGCAGCAGCAACAGCAGCCCAGCGUGCGCCGCCAGCAGCAGCGCCAGGGGCGUCAGCGGAGAAGACAAUCCAACUACCUGCAGCCAAGCCGGACGCAGCAGCAAGAAGAGCAACAACAGCCGCAGCGACAAGAUUUGGGAGGAGGACAAGAACUACAUCAGCAGCAGCAGCAGGAGCGGGGGCAACAGCGGCGGCACCAGCAGCAGCAGCAGCAACAACAGAAGCAGGAGCAGGAGCACGAGCCGCAGCAGCAAGAGGAACAGGAGGAACAGGAGCAGCAGCAGCAGCGCCGCCAGCCCCGGUCAUCGCAGCACUUUUCUUCGUUGGAGCAGCAGCAGCAGCAGUUGGAAGCCGAGGAGCAGCAGAGCGACAUGGAAUUUGUGCAGCAAGACAUAGAAACAGUAGAGGGUGUUGCAACACAGCAGCAGCUUCUGCUGCUGUCCCCGACUUCGCAGCAGGCGGCGGAAGCGGCAGUGGAUUGCGAAGCAGCAGCAGCAGAAGAGUUGGAGCAAGUGCUGUCGCUGUGCGUUGAGCAGGAGCUGCUGCAGCAGCAGUUGGAAGAGGCGCAGCAGCAGUCCCCGACGGAAAAGAUUGAAUGUUUUGAAAGUCUGUCUUGCGAUCCUGAAGAAGAACUGACUGUUGAGCAGCAGCAGGAGCAGCUGCGGCUCAGCGAAGAAAGCUGCAGCGAACUCUCAGCGCUGGAGCAGCAAAAGCUGCAGGAAAUUGAAGACAUGAGGGAGCAGCAGAGCAGCGAGCUGGAGGGGAUCUUGCGGAAGCACAAGGAGCAGCUGAAGAGGCUGAAGUCGAUGCAGCGCAACCAGGGGGGGCUGCAGCAGAAGCUGAAUCGGCAGCAGCAACGGGAGCAGCAGCAACGGCAUGCGCAGCAGCAGGAAGAGCUGAGGCACCUGCACCACCUCCAAGUCAGCGAAGUCGAGCAGCGGCACCAGAAGGAAAUGGAUGCGCUCAUUCGAAAGAUCAACGACGACUUGGGCCUGCCGCAGCCCCCCACGCCCCCGCAGCAGCAGCAGCAGCAGCAGCAGCAGCAGCAGCAGCAGCAGCCGAAGCCGCGGGAGUACCUGCGCAAAGUGCACGCGAGCCCCAUGAAGGAGGAAGACGUGCACGCCGUGGUGCAGCAGCAAAUGCUGCUGAACCACGAAGAGGAGGCCUUUUUGGUUGAAGAGGAAAGAGAGAGACAAAAGAAAAUUCAGGCAGAGAGACAACUCUAUAGAGAACAAAUGAGAGCAGCAGGGCAGUCAGUGCCUCAAGAACAGCCCAAGAGAAAGCCCCUGGCUCUCGUGGACACUGAGCACUUGGGCGGCUUCAACCAGCUGCAGCAGCUGCGGCUGCAGGCCGACGCAGAGCAGCAGCAGCAGCAGCAGCAGCAGCACGAGCAGCAGCAGCAAUGGGCCGAAGGCGAGGGGCCCCGCAAGCAGAAAACAGUGCGAAACUUCACCAAGGAGCAGCUCCUUCAGGACGCAGGAAAGCUCAACAAACUUCUAGAACAUCUGAGACCUGAAAAGGGCAUUCAGGGCCUCAGAGAGCGGCAGCUGCAGGAGCAGCUGCGGCUGGUGGAGCGCAAAGAGGGCGACGAGGACCCCGAGCAGCAGCAGCAGCAGCAGCAGCAGCAGCAGCAGCAGCAGCGGCAGCAGAUCGGCGAAUUGGCGCUGCUGCAAGCCGAAGACCCGCAGCAAGGGCUGCAGCAUGCGUCCCUUCGUUUUGGCCCGCUGAGCGAGCUGCUGCAGCAAAACGAACAGCUGCAGCAAACACCAACUAGCCCCUUGCUGCACUUGCCCGCUGGGCAGCCCGCAGCGCAGCCCUCAGCGCCAGCAGCCUCGCAGCAGCAGGAAACGGCGGGCCUAAGCCCUGCCACGCAGCAGCAGCAGCAGCAGCAGCAGCAGUUUUUUGAUAGCCCUGUGAUAGGGAAUAUGAGGCUGAUUGCGGAGCAAGACAGAGAGACGCAAACAGACCAAAGCGAAGGGGAGGAGCAGCAGCUGCAGCAGCAAUACGAGGCCGGAAUAGCAGCAGAAGCAAACUUCCCAAGACCGCCUCAGCAGCAGCAAAGGCAGCUGCUAGGGCUCCUGCAAAAGUUUGCAGAAGGAAAUGUAGAUCCAAGCCCAACAAGCCCUACUAGCGAUCAACAGCAGCAGAAAGCCCUUCAAAAGCAGCUCCAAGAAUCUUCUUCAACGCAGCAGCUGACGCUGCAGCACGAGCAGCAGCAGCUGCAGCAGAACCUCCUGCAGGCCACGGCAGCAGGGCCUCAGCAGCAGAAGCAGCAGCAGCGCGCACAGGAAGCGCAGAGCGAGGGCCGCCAGAUGGGAGAAACCCUGGAGCCCGCAGCAGCUCUGGGAGACCCCACUAGAGUGCAGCAGCAGCAGCAGCAGCAGCAAGAGAGUGAACUGCCAGCUCAUGCGGGCCUGCUGCAGCAGCCGCUGGCCGCACCUGGGAGUCUUGGGUAUGUGGACACGGCUCUCAGUGAGCAGCAAGAAACUCAGCAACGACAGGAGCAGCAGCAGAGGGAUCACAGGCCUCUUUUGCGGGAACUUUGCAGGCAGCAGCUAAACUUGCAGCCGCUGCAGCAGCAGCAGCAGUUGAUGCUGCAGCAGCAGCAGCCGCAGCCAGCACUCGAGCAGUCCGCGCAGCCACCGGCGCGGCUGCUGCUUCAGGUGGGGCUUCAGCAACCAACACUGCAGCAGCAGCUGGCGCAGCAGCAACAAGAGCUGCAGCAGCUCCAAGCAGUGCAGCAGCUGCAGGAACACUCCUAUUUGCAACAACAGCAGCAGAGGCAGAACGUGACACAGCAGCACCAACUGACGCAGCUGAAAGCAGCACCGAUGCAACAGACGCAAGCGCAGCCGAUGCUGAAUAUUCAACAAGCUCAGAGUGGCCAGCAGCAGCAGCAGCAGCAGCAGCAGCAGCACACCGGGACGCAGUGGGAGCAAAUACGGAGACUGCAUUUGCAAGAACGCCUGCACGUGCGGCGAAUGAUCGAGCAGCAGCAGCAGACGCUGCAGCUGCACCAGCGAGCGCUGCAGCUGCAGCGAGCGAUGCACCUGCAGCAGCAAACACUGCAGAGGCGCCAGUAUGCUCAGCAGCAGCAAAGCUUGCUGCUGCAGCAGCCCGCGGGGAGACAGUUGUUCUCGCACCUGCAGCCGCCGGCGCAGCUGCAGCUGGAAAGACAAGUGGAGCAGCACAUACAGCAGCACCAGCAGUCCCCCACAAGAGAACUGCAGCAAACAAUGGGCUGGGAGCAGACGCAGCUGCACAGGCUGCUGCAGCAGCUGGCACAGAGCAAUCCAUGGCAAGCUGCGCAGCCGCUGCAGCAGCUGCAGCAGCUGCGCCAGGCCGCCCUGAAUGCGCAGUUUCCGCUGCAGCUGCACAUAUCGCAGCAGCUGGUGAGGCUGCAGCAGCAGCUGCAGCAGGUGCGGCCCCUACAGUCAGCAAAUCAAGUGCACCAAUUGCUACAGCUGCAGCAGCAGCAGCCGCGACAAACCUUACAGCCCCCCCAGCAGCUGCAGCCGCUGGAGCAAGGAGCGCAGGCUUUGAGAACUCCACCGCAGUCUUUAAAUGCUCCGCAGCAGCCACCGCAGCAGCAGCAGCAGCAGCAGCAGCAGCAGCUGCAGCAGCUGCAGCUGGAGCAACUGCAACAGCAACAGCAGCUGGAGAAACAGCAACAGCAACAGCGACAGCAACAGCAGCAGCAGCAGCAGCAACAGCAGCAACAGCAACAGCAGCAACAGCAGCAACAGCAGCAACAGCAGCAAAUGCCGAACGUGAGGCAGGCUGCACACCAAAUGCAGCGGCUGCAGCCGCCCAAGCUGCUGCUGCAGGUGCCUGUAGAAAACGAAAGAGGCCAUAUUGGUGCUGCUGUUUUCGCGCAGCGGCAGCUCAGGCUGAAGCAGCUUCAGGAGCAAGUGAAGCAGCAGCAGCAAAUGCAGCAGCAAGUGCAGCAGCAAGCGGUUCAGGGAGAGCAGAAAAAGCAGCGACAGCAGCAGGAAGCCUGGAAGCAAAUGCAGCAGCAGCACGAGGAACAAGCGAAGCAGCUACAGAGCCUGCUGCAGGGCCUGAAAGACUGCAGCACAAUUCCAGAAACUUUGUGGAAACGGGCCAGUGCCCUGGUUAGAAAACAAAUGGAAUUGCAUCAGCAGCAGCUGCAGCACGUGCACCAGCAGCAGCGAGAAACUGUCACGGCCACGCAUGCGGACCAGCGCGAACAGGUGCAGCAGCAGCAGCAGCAGCACCUUCAGCAGCUUCCGACAACAGAGCUCCGCAUCAAAGUCACCUGGCACCACAACACUGUCAACGGGGUGCUGCAGCAGCACCACAGAAUGCAGAUGGCUGCGCUCAACGACACACAGAGACAGGAGAAGGAGGUCCUGCUGCAGCAGCAGCAGCAGUUUGAACGGGCUCUGGCCGGCGACCCGCUGCAGCAGGAACGCUGCAAGCAGCAGCUGCUGCAGGCCAUGCACCUGCUUUCUCAGGGGCCGUUUGUCCAGGGGGAGGCAGAAGAGGAGCAGCAAACAACAGAACAAGUGCAGCAGCAGUCUCCGAACCAAAAGCAGGGGCAGCGGGAGCCGCGGCCGCCGCAGCAGCAACCACAGCUGCAGCAGCAGCUGCGGCGACAGCGGCAGCAGCAAAAGACGCAACAACAGAAGCCACAGCAGCAGCAACAGCAGCAGCCGCAGCAGCAGCAGCAACAGCCAGGGCAGCUUCUCCAGAACGCCGAGCAAGAAAAGAGGCGCCAAGCAGCAAUGGAAGUUUUGCUGAAGCUUCGGCGGGCACACGAAGAGGCCGAGCCUGAGCGGCAGCAGCUGCUGCAGCAGCUGAAGGCCCAGCACCAGCGGCAGCUGGAGCUGCUGCAGAGGGUAGGAGAGCCAGGGCUGAACUUUGCUGCAGAGAGCAGCAGCACGCAAGAGGUCCUUAAUAGCAUAUUGAAGGUGAUGGUGCAUCAGAAGAACCUGGACGCUCAGAAGGCCGAGCUGCUGGAACUCGCGGAGCGGCAGCUGCAGGCUGGCUGCGGGAUCAGCAGCAGCAGCAGCAGCAGCAGCAGCAGAGUGGCCAGCAGCAGCCGCAGCAGCAGCAGCGCCGCCAACGGCGCCUACAGCUCUGCGAGAACCCGCGCGAGCAGCGCGAAGACCAGCAGCAGCAGCGAUCCCUGGCAGGCAGCAGUCGCCGCAGCAGGUGCUGCAGCAGGUGCUGCAGCAGGUGCUGCAGCAGGUGCUGCAGCAGGUGCUGCAGCAGGUGCUGCUGCGAAGACACGGGCUGCGGCGACGAAGGCAAAUCGCUGGGCCUUUCGCCCCACAAGCCGCAACUCUCAGUGCUCGGCGCGAGCAGCAGCUUCGGCAGGCGCACUGGCUUCAGCAGCAGCGGAGGCAGCAGGGGCAGCAGCAGCAGCAGUAGCAGCAAGAGCGUCGCGCUACGCCGCGGUGCUGCAGAAGAUGCCGCAAGAGGAAGAAGCAGCAGCUGCGGAGCCGCCCAGAGACCGCGAGGGGACCCCUGCUGCUGCUGCUGCUGCUGCUGCUGCUGCUGCUGCUGCUGAGCGCGAAGGCCGCAUCAAGACUCUCGACCGAAAGUCCUUGGUGGCUCGCGUGGCUUUGCUGCUGCAGCAGUGCGACGCCUGCUUCGCGCUUCCGAAGGUGGCAGUGGAGCCCUUUCUGGACUUCGUGCGGUACAUUGUGCCUGCUGCGGAGCAGGGGGAGACUCUGCGGGAGCUGCAGCGGCAGCAGCGGCUGCAGCAGCAGCUGCUGCAGACGCUGCAGUCGUUCGCAGCAGCAGCAGAAGAGCUGCUGGCGCAGCACCCCGAACUGCUGGUCGAAGUGGCCUCGCUGCGGCAAAACACUCUCGACAGAGACAUGCAAGAAGCUGUUUGCUUCAGAAACUUCGAGAUCAGCAGCGCCGUGCUGCAGCUAGCUGAAGACACGCUGCAGCAGACGUUUCCGGUGGCCCCGGGGGGGCCCCUGGCUGCGACCCUCCGGCGAAUUGCUGCAGCAGCAAACAGCAGCAGCUUCGGGGGCCCCGCUGCGCCCCACUGGCUCUCCCGCUGCCUCCAAACUCCCCUUUCUCUCUUCCUCCCCACACAGGAGGCCCUUCUGCACGGCCCCCUCGUGCGCUGCCCCCCGCGGGGCCCCCCGGGCCGGCUCUCGCCUCCGCCGCGGGGGCUGCCGCCUGGGGAGUCUUACUUGGCUCCGCUUCACGGGGUUUCUUCUUCAUUUGCUUUUCCGGACUUCGAGGACUCAGAGCCUGGGGAGUCCAAGGGGGGUCCCCCGGGGGGCCCCCCGGGGGGCCCCCCGGCGGCCAGCGCGGGGCCCACAGUUGCCUACCAAAAGCCCUACGGCCCCGGCCCGGGGGCCCCCACCAGCGCCGCCGCGCCGCCGCGGCCGGCCUGUGCCGCAGGGGCCCCCACAGACCCAUGGGGGCCCCCCGGGGGGGCCCCUGGGGCCGCAGCGGCUUUUCUCGCUCGCCCGACAUGCAGGGAGUGCCCCGCGUGGCAGCAGCGAGAAGGCAGCAGACCCUACACUUGCAGACCCAUCAGCAAAAUGGAACGCCACCAAGUGGUGCAGCAGCAGGAACAUUUGCUGCUGGUGCACCACCUGGAACACGGGGAGCCAGAGCCUCCCCCAAAGCCCCCGCGGGCCCCGCCGAAGCAGCGGGGCCGCAGGCGCCGGGGAACUAGAGGCGCUGCUUCCAAGGCUGCAUCUGCUGCUCCUGCUGCUGCUGCUGCUGCUGCUGCUGCGGGGGCCCUGGAGAAUUCCAGCAGCAACGGCAGCAACCACACGCACACUCGGACUUCGGCUCUUGGCCUUGCUUCUCGGGGGAUGCUUUGCCUUGGGCUUUCCCAGCCCUUUGGGGCCCAAGGGCAGAGCCGACGCGGCGCCCGCUCCUCUGCUGCUGCUGCUGCUGCUGCUGCUGCUGCUUCUGCUGCUGCUGGGGGCGUGAAGGUGGGUUCCCCUGAAAGAGUAGCCUUCAAAUGGCCCGAAAAACACGAGGGGAAAAUAGUAACUGUAGUGGAUUGGCGGCCGCCUCGGGAACAGCGCUUGGGCUCAGCCAAUAAGCCAGAAACAAUUUAUAACGCAGAAAUGCCCUUUCCUUCUUGCCUUCUUGUGGGGAGUGAAGAAGACCUCCACACCCCGUCGGGGGCCACCGGGGGCCCCGGCGCUGCUGCCUUUGCUUCCGUUUCGCCUGCUGCUGCGCUGCUGCCGGAAAGCAGUGGAGAAGCUGCUGCAGGCGCAGCGAAACAGACAGAGCCGCUUGAGGAUGACCUUUCUUUUCUGAAGUCCUUUAGAGAAUUGCUUAUGUGUUCUGUUCCGCACUCCUCCGCCUUCAACUGCUGCGAGCUCUUGGCCGACAGUUUGCGCAGCGCCGCAGGGCCUUUAGAACAUUCAGCGCAGGCCCGCAGAAGCAGCCGAAACUUCUCCAUCCCCGAAAACAUCCUUGGCAGCCCUCGUUCUGAAAGGAAGCCCAGGCAGCAGCAGCAGAAGGGGGAAAAGCAGCAGAAGCGGCGGAAGAAGGAGGCGCAGCGCCAGCAGCAGCAGCAGCAGCAGCAGCAACAGCAGCAGCAGGAGGAAGAGGAGCAGCAAGCAGAAUCGUCGACCCGGGCCUCGCCAACAGAUACAAAUGCAGCUCCAGAUUGCCACGCCCCCUGCAGCGGAGGCAGCAAAGAAGACACAUCUAUUCUUUCCUCAGCUUUUGCUGUCCGCGCAUUAGACUCAGACAGCAGACGCUGCAGCGAGAGUCCUUGUGUGGGCCAGAGCCCGCAGCAACAGCAGCAGCAGCCACUAGUCGCAGGACCGGCGGCGCUCACUGAUGGAUGCGGCAGGCGUGGAGGCAGCAGCAACUACACCCACGCCGCAGCAAUUGCUGCAGCCUCUGUGGCUGGCCCUGAAUCUCCCUUUGCUGCUGCUGCUGCUGCUGCUGCGGCCUUUGCGGAUGCUGACAGUGCUGCCGCGUUUGCUUCAACGACGUUGGGGACAAGUGCAGCUUCUCAGAAACGCAAAAGCCAUCAGGAUGCAGGCGGGGAGCCGCAGGCGCGCAACAAACGAACAAGGGGGACAGACAGGUAG